GGUAAAGUAGGGGUAAGCAAGCAUUUGCAUUUGCACCUGGCGAACAGAAAUCUGGAGAGAUGCAGAGCAAAUAUUUGCAGAUCAGAAGGCGGCUGUGACUAUACAACAUCUCAAGACUUGAAUUUAGCCAGAGAGAAGUCCAUUUAGCUGAGGAGGACAUUUCUAACCAAGAAGAAAAAACAGUGAAAAGAAGAACAGAAUGGGGCAUCUAGUGGCGUUUCUACUGAUCCUGGUCACGGUAGCCUUUGCACCAGAUUAUGUGUGCAGCCAGAGUCUAAGUGCCUCAGAGAACCCCGUACCCGUGGGCAGCAGUGUCACACUAUAUAGCCAGGCCACCAACAUUACAGGAGCAUGGCUGUUCAACAACAACAUCAUUGUGCUGAUAAUCCAAGGAAAUGUUAUCAUAAGUAAUGCUUGGCGUGACAGAGUUACAUUCAAUUCAACCAGUUUAUCAUUGACUAUAAAGUCACUACAGCUGGGAGACUCUGGCGAGUACGCAUUACAGGCAGUGAAUGCUUUUUAUGCUCAGCUAACACUGUCAGUCCAAGUGCCUAUUUCAAACGUCACCCUGAGGGCAAAAGCAACCUCACUGGUGGAGUUCAACGACACAGCAGUUUUCAUGUGCUCUGUGUCCAGUGGCUCGUCCCUGUCUUAUGUUUGGAUGAAGGGUCACGAUGUGCUCACAGCCGGUGGGGAAGUAGAGCUCAGCAAUGGAAACGCCACUCUCACCAUACUCAACGUGACCCGCUAUGACGAGGGGCCAUUCAAGUGCAAUGUGUCCAAUGGUGUCAGCUAUGAUAUCAGCCCUCCUGUAUAUCUGAACAUCAGCUAUGGUCCAAGUAACACAACGAUGAUGAUCGUGCCCAUGGUAUCGCACUACAUCUACAGAACAGGGUCGAAUAUCACACUGUCAUGCUCAGCGAUGUCCAGCCCUCCAGCGAUGAUCAAGUGGAUGGUUAAUGGGGUGUACAUGAAUGAAUAUGGCUCACACAUUCAGCUGGUGAACGUUACAGAGAGCAACUCGGGAAAUUACAAGUGUGUGCUUCACAACACAGUCACAUCCAGGUUCAGCAGCGCAAGUACAAUGCUGUGGAUUUUAGAUCCACUCGAGACAGUCGAGGUGAAUCAUACCGGUGGACCAGCGAUACUUGAUCAGCCGUUCGCUCUGCAUUGUGCAGUGAAUGGAUCUGUUUACAGAAUUCAAUGGUGGAGGAAUGGGCAUCUUAUUUCCCCUAACGACACAAUAGUCUUUGACAUGAAUAACAGGACACUGAUUUUCAACCCAGUCCAACAAUCAGAUAACGGAGAUUACCAGUGUCAGGCUUUUAAUGCUGUGAGCAACAUGACCAGCAGCCCCUACAAUGUUGAAGUGAACUAUGGACCAAAGAUGCCAACUAUCACAGGACCAACUGUGGUGAAGACAGGAUACAGCGUCACAUUCAGCUGCUACGCAUCAUCACACCCUCCCAGUCACUACAGAUGGUACUUCAAUCAUUACGUAGUGGCCAAUACAUCUGAGUAUGUAACACCUCCUCUUACCAAAAAUAUGAGUGGGACAUACACCUGCAAAGCCUACAACAACGUCACUGGACAAAACAAGACUGCAUACACGAUGCUUACUGUUGUUGACCCAAUAAAAGAUGUCCGUGUAGAAGCACCAAUGAAAACUCCCAUAGAAGGUCAUCAAUAUAUGCUACAUUGCAACAUGACCGGACUUGCUGAGCAUAUUUACUGGAUGAAGAAUGAUAUGAAACUGCAGGAAGACAACACAACUGUUUUCUCUAUGCACAACAAGACAGUCACAUUCCACCCACUUAAACGCUAUGAUACUGGAAACUACAGCUGUAAGGCUAUGAAUGCUGUUGGAAACAUGACCAGCGCUCCUUACCAGCUCCUUGUGAACUUUGGACCAGAAACCCCUGACAUUGAUGGACCACAGUUUGCUGAGACAGGCAAAUCCGUGACCUUCCACUGUUCUGCCAUGUCAUAUCCUCCCAGUCAUUUCAGCUGGUGGUUCAAUGGCACCAAGGUGGCCAAUACUUCAGUGUUUACAACUGGCCUUUUGACUUUAAACAUGAGCGGAGAAUACACCUGUAUGGCAUACAAUAAUGAGACAGGAAAGAACAGCACUAAUUCCAAGAUGCUCACAGUUGUUGAGGCCAUAAAGUCAGUGAUGAUCAAAAACUACACAGUUCCAAUAAACUCUGAAAACUUCACUCUCAUCUGUGAAGUCGUUGGGCCGUAUGACAUGAUCUACUGGAAGAAGGACAACAUGCUCCUCAACAUGAACACCUCUUACCCAGACAUGUAUUCACACAUGCGCUACCACAUUGAAAACAACAUGCUGCACUUCACUCCAGUGACACUGCACAGUGAGGGGACGUAUCACUGUUCCGCCGUCAAUAGGGCUGCUGUACAUUCAAGCCCCCAAUACAUGCUCCUGGUGAUGUAUGGCCCUCUGCGUGUGGAUAUCACUGGUCCAGAUUCAGUAAAACCAGGUGACAGUGUGUCCCUGUCCUGCACGGCUGAUUCUCGACCAGAGUGUGACUUCUACUGGUUCUUCGAUAAUAUGUCAUCAGUGGUUAUAAGGACUGGCUCUGUUAUUACUUUCCCUGCAACAAUAGAGAAUGAGGGGAACUACACAUGUAAAGCGAUGAACCCUGUGACCAACAUCACAAUGUACAAGACUAGAGCCUUUACUCUCAAUCACGCCUCUGCCAACCACUUCCCACCCCAAGGCGGGCUGAUGUUGAUGGGUGCGUUUGCUUUGUUUGUCCCUAUGAUGUUCAACUGAGUCCAGAGGGAAAGGCCUCUUGCGCCCCCUACAGUCUUUAUCAAACAAUCUUACUGUUAAACAAAUGGGAAUAUAUUCAAUAUUAUUAAUGUAAUAUUCACACUGACACUGUAAGGGCAAAUUAUCUUAUUAUAGCAAUGUCUGCUUUGGUUUUUUUUAUGUUAAAUGUUAUCAUUAUUAGCAAGGAAAAAUAGCUUGGUUGGUGUAGUUUUUCAAAUUCUUCAAUACACUUACAUAGUUUAACAAACAAGCAUCUUCUUCUAAUACACCUCCAUUCUCGUAGAUACAAGUUGUUAUUCUUCAAUCUGAACAACUGUACCUUUUUAUGUUAUAUGUGAUAAUAUUAAAACUGUAGGAAAAUGUAUGCUUUAUCACACUUUGAUUCACUGUAUUUAUUUAUUAAUCAAUAAAAAAAAUGAACAUA